AUGGCCAACCAGAGUCAAUCGAAUGUUCUUGAGUUUGUCCUGCUUGGCUUUCCUUAUCUUGAAGCACAGUUCUCCUCUUUGGUCUCGAUAACUUUCUUUCUUCUCUACAAUGUAUCUCUCUGGGCCAAUGGGAUUGUCAUUGUGUUGAUAAUCCUGAGGGAACACCUACACCAGCCGAUGUAUGUCAUCGUUGGAAAUUUGGCUCUCUCCGAUUUAAUAUUCGACACGUUGACCUUGCCAAAAAUCAUUGCCAAGUACUGGUUUGAAGAUGGAUCCAUGCCCUUCUUUGUGUGUUUUAUCCAGAUGUUCUUCGUACAUUUUCUGGCCACCCUCGAUUCCUUCAUCAUAAUGCUGAUGGCCAUGGACCGUUAUGUUGCCAUCUGUAAGCCGCUAAGAUAUCAUACGAUUAUCAGUAACCGUGUGGUGACGAUCCAGUGUUUAUUAUUUUGGCUCUCUGCCGCCAUCAUCGGCCUUGUUAUUACUAACUUGGGUCUUUGGCUGCCGUACUGUGGCCCCAACAGAAUAAAGAGCUGUUUCUGCUCGCUCACUCCUGUAGCCAUCUUGUCAUGUGCCGAUUCAGCUUUGGCCAGGAGAACUGGAUUCAUCAUCGCCUUGUUUGCCCAUCUUUGCCCUUUGUCCUUUAUUGUCUUCUCAUACAUCAUCAUCCUCUCCAGGAUAUACUCGUUGGGCCACUCUGAGAACUGGCAGAAAGCUUUUUACACCUGCACUACUCACUGGUUGGUCAUCGGACUGUACUUCAUCCCUCGACUUAUCGUCUACACCUACAACCAGUUCCAGCUGAUUCCCAAUGCCGAUGUCAACGUUCUCCUCAUUUGUCUCUACACUUUCGCCCCACAUUUUGCCAGCCCUAUUAUAUUUUGUCUUCGCACUGAGGAGAUCAAAAGGACCCUAAGAAAUGUAUUACAAAGAGUGAUCACUAAAAAGUAUUAA